AUGUCCUUGAUCAGUGAUACAGACUUUCUAAUUCACAGUGUGAGGCUGUCAUAUCUGCGGGACGUCGAGGACCCAUAUGGACCGCGCAUCAUCACUCUUGACCCCGCAUACCAGUCAAAUCCAUACAUUCUUGCAGCCUCUUUGGCAGAUGUUGAGCGUUGGCCAGAGCUGGCUCUACCAGCCAGUCCCAACUUGAGCGAAGAUGAACAGGAAAGACCUCUGGGCUUGCCUGGUGCACGGUUGAAGCACACCCAAACCAUAAUGGGAGGUCGCACAGGAGGACUGGGAAUGCGCAUCAACGCCAAACGGGCCUCGACAUCUAAACGCAUGUCUGUUACGCCUCAGCAACUCGACAUGAAGAACUUUGUGUCAGGAAACGCACCAGUACAAGAAGCGCUAAGUGAAACAGUCCCAAUAGCCAAAACGCUGGCACGAUCGGACCCCGGAGGCGAGAGUUGGAUAAAGAUUGAGGAAUCGGACGAUGAAAAUUCACCAGAGCCGACUGUACACAUCCAUCAGGCGACCGCUCCUGAAGAGGCCCCAGUGACGAAGGUUGUGCAAUUUAUUCCCAAAUUCAAAGGAGCUGCAGAAAUGGAGGCUCGUAGACGUAUACGCAUGGCUGCACGCAGAGGGCCCGGUGGUGCUAUGACGAGACAACCUCAACCUCAAAAUCUCAGCUUUGAUACAUCAUCGGAGGAAGAAGCAGGAGAACCAGUGAUAAGCGACGAAUCAUCGUCGGAUGAGUUUGAAGAGGUUGGAGGGAAAGCAGCGGAGAGCAUGGAUGAAGGCGACGAAUUUGACCCAGUCUUUGCUGCGUCGCGUGUGCCUCCUACCUCAGACACCGCUUCGGAUGACAAUUCAAUGUUUUCAUCUGGCGUAAAUUCGAAUCCGAGCACUUCGGUUCCUAUAUCAUCCUCGCAAACAAACAACCGCAUUCGGCCGCGCUUGAGCCCAGUAUCAGAAACCACAGGACGCAAUCCACAGCGACACAGGCGUCCCGAGGGUGGGGUAACAACAUCGAGGACCCGGGGAGACAGCACCACAUCUAUUCACACAUCGUCUCCAUCCGCCCAAUUAUCCACCUUUGACAACCUGUUUACUCGCAAGAAGGUCACGCCUUUCAAGCCCCUGAAAUCGAGUCUGACAGCCAUGCUCGCGUCGUCGGGCAGCUCGUCUAAUCCAUUUGCCGAGAUGUACGCUGCUAUUUCAGGACGAGGAGAGUCCGCGUCGACGAAUGUGCAAGUCUACUUCCCGCAUGCAAAGCAGCCUCGUGGCAAGGCAAUGGACCUCAAUGUAAAGCGCGAUGCAACGGUGGAAGAAGUAAUUGGUUUCGCUCUAUGGUCCUACUGGGAAGAAGGGUGGCAACCCAAACUGGAUGAAGGUCUCUCAGAGAACGACCCGAAAGCGUCAACAAGGCUGUCAGCCGUAGGGUGGAUAUUGAGAAUAGCAGAAGAUGAUGGGGAAGUCGAUGAUGAUUUUCCACCACCCGACCGGAUGGGCAAGGUCGUCAAGUUCAACGCGGAUGCUUAUGCUGUUUUGGAAGCAACUCCAACUCAAAUUCAACAAAAUCAGAUCUUGGAGAGCAAAAUUCAGCGUCGUCCUUCACGGACAUCUGCAGCACGGAAACCGGAAAAACUUGCUGUGCCCAACGCGCCUUCGACCGCCCCUGCGAGUACAGCCUAUGGGUCUUCCCUUGGAUCGGUUUUAUCAACCUCUAUGGGGCCGUCUCAAAGUCAUGGUCCCCAAAUUUUCUUGCGUAUUCGGGUGGCAGACCACGCAGAUGUUGUGCACAUUUCAACUACCAUCGAGGUGUCUGCUGGAAUGUAUUUGCAAGAAGCCUUGGAGUUGGUCUGUCGUAAAAGGCGGAUCGAAAAUCCUAGCGAAUAUGCUCUUUUACUCGCAGAUAAGAGUAUCAUUAUUCCAUUGGAUAGAACAGUAGCGAGCUUGCAGGGUAAGACGGAGCUGUUGCUCGUAAAGCGGAACAUGCUGCCAUAUAUGUCGGCUGUCCCUCUCAGGGGCGUUGGAAGGACAACAGAUCCGAACGCCUCUAUCUUCAAGCCCAACGAAACUACGGAGCAGCAAGUUUCGGCGGCACUGGAUUUCACGACCUCGUACAAGAAAUACACCAUCUACCGAAAGGUACCCAUGCUUGUUACGCGCCAAGAACGGACACUGGCCAUCGAUGGAGUUUAUAUCCAUAUCAUGCCAUCCACUAAUAAAGCGAGAGCGGUAUUCGAUAGCGGAAAGACAUCAUCGUUCCACAUCAAGAGUAUCGCAGACUGCCAACAGUCGACCAAGACAUCAUCGAUCUUCAAGAUUAUUCUCAAUCGCGGAGCAGGCAACAAACGAUAUGAUUUUGAGGCGGAGAACCCCAGACUUGCAGCUGAGAUUGUUCAAAAUAUCAAGAACCUCAAAAUGGCCGUUGAACGUUCAGGGACCAUCAGCAAACAGCGGAGGAGUAGGCAGAUUGUAUGA